UUGCCAUAAGCUAUCACUCUUGUUUCCUAUAAAAUCACGGAGCGAUCAGUUUGAAAGUAUCAGUUAUCUAGCUGUUUCAAGCAAGUCAACUACUGCUCCAACAUGAAGUUCUUCAUACUCGUUGCUCUUUUCGCCGUCGCUGCUGCAAAUUCCUACGAGGCCCCAAAGUACGAGACCCCCAAGUACGAGGCUCCUAAAUAUGAAGCACCAAAGUACGAGACCCCCAAGUACGAGGCUCCUAAAUAUGAAGCACCAAAGUACGAGACCCCCAAGUACGAGACCCCCAAGUACGAGGCUCCUAAAUAUGAAGCACCAAAGUACGAGACCCCCAAGUACGAGGCUCCUAAAUAUGAAGCACCAAAGUACGAGACCCCCAAGUACGAGGCUCCUAAAUAUGAAACACCAAAGUACGAGGCUCCUAAAUAUGAAGCACCAAAGUACGAGACCCCCAAGUACGAGGCUCCUAAAUAUGAAGCACCAAAGUACGAGGCUCCUAAAUAUGAAGCACCAAAGUACGAGGCUCCUAAAUAUGAAGCUCCAAAGUACGAGACCCCCAAGUACGAGGCUCCUAAAUAUGAAGCACCAAAGUACGAGGCACCAAAGUACGAGACCCCCAAGUACGAGGCUCCUAAAUACGAGGAAGUCACAUACGCCGCUCAACCCUACAGCUUCGGAUACGAUGUCCAGGAUAAAGAAUCUUACACUGACUUCGAGCACAACGAAAAAUCUGACUACAACGUUGUCACCGGAUCUUACCGUGUGGUUCUCCCCGACAGCCGCGUCCAGAUCGUCACCUACAAGGCUGACGCCAACGGAUAUACCGCUGACGUGAAAUACGAAGGCGAAGCCAAGUACCCCGAGUACGCUGAGUCCCAAUACAAAUCUGCUGCUUCCUACGCUGCCCCUGCCUACAAGGCUCCUGAAUACAAAAAGCCGACCUACACUGCUCCAGCCUACACUGCUCCAGCUUACCAAGCUCCCGCUGCCUACCCUAAAUAUUAAUUCCCAUAAAUCACGAUCUUCAUUUUGAGAUUAUUAUUUAAUAAAUCACAUCUUCUAACGA